UGUCGCGGAAUUUUAGUUUGGUCUCCUCUGGACAUAAGUCUUUCCGUCAAUCGUUUUCGUUCGCCGCCGAAUCUUCAUUUUGGAUUUCCGGCGACGCCGUUUCUUCGGGCGCCGAAAUUUUCCUUGGAGACUCACGCAAAGAAGAAUAAGAAGAAAACGAGUACCGUUGAACCGAAACCGAACAAAGUAGGAGAAUUAUUCUCCGAAGAAGAAGAGCUAACAAACAACAAAGAUGAAGAAGAAGGAGAAGAAGAGGAGGAGGAUGUUCUUCUCGAAGAAUUUCUAGACGAGCUAUUAACGGAUGAUGAAGACGGAGAUGAUGAUUUUAAUCUCGAGGAGGAGGAGUUCAAUGAGAGUGAGGAAGAGCUCUAUGCGGGAGAUGGAGGUGGUGGAGGAGGUAUUGAGCUUGCUGGAACAUUGUGGGACAAAGAAGCUUUGGCAUUAGCUGAGAAAGUAUGCGAGUCCUUUAAUGGUGAUUUAGGCAUUUAUGCUUUCAAGACUCUACCCAAUUCCACCAUACAAGUGCGGAUUGAGCGGCUCACAAACAAAUCCGGUUCUCCUACAAUGGAAGACAUUGAAGUAUAUUCAACAAUCUACAGAGCAAAAUUGUCUGAAGCUGAACUCGCCAAGUCCAUACCGGACAAUAUCUCUCUAGAGGUUUCAUCUCCUGGUGUCGAAAGGGUAGUACGGAUUCCACAGGACAUGGACCGGUACAAGGACAGACCAAUGUAUGUAAGGUACGCUAACAAGGAAGCAGAGACCGAAGGUGAUGGCAUUUUCAGGCUGGUUUCUUUCGAUGUGGAAGACAAAAGCUGCGUUUGGGGGAUCGCAGAUAUUAGAGUAAACCGAGAGAAGGCAGGCAAAGGCAGACCUUUGAGCAAGAAGCAAAGAGAAUGGCGACUCGAAACGUCUUUCGAGUCACUACGGUUAGUUCGUUUGCAUUCUGAAUGUUAAAACACACACGAAAUCAAGGCAAAAGGAAUAUCUUUAUUUAGUUUA